AUUUAUGGUUUCGUUACUUAUUUGUGUUCUUUUAACUUCUUAUUGAUUAUCCAACCUCGCUUUAUUUAUUUUUCCCAGCAUGGUUUUAUAGUCUCUAAUGUUGUUUGAUCUGGAUCACUGCUAAGUAUAUACAAUAAUGUAUUACCAUUUGAGUUGUUCUUAAUUGUAAAUGCAUUUUUCCUAUAAAUACUUUAAAAAGUUUUGUUGGUGUUGUUUUAAAUUUUUUCUUACAUAAUCGUAACGGUAAAUGUUGAAUAUUGUCUAAUGUGUUGUUUGUCUGUAAUGUUAACAUAAACAGAUGGGGUCGCUUUACUGUCUGGCAACGUAAAAGAGCGCCCAGAAGAAGUUUAUUCGGGUCCUAACCCAAAAUACCGGGCUGACAAAAAAAAAAUAAAAAAAUAAAAAUACCGGGCUGAAUGAUCGCAGGCUGUAGAAAUGACACGAUUGUUACGCGGACUUCUUAAAAAUAUUAGGCGUCCUGAUACAAAGAAAAACAAAAGACGAAUAGUGAAAUGGAUGCAGCGAUGUGGUAUUCUGAAGAGGAAGAUGAAUUGUGCAAAAUGCAAUCGAAGAAUGAAACUUAUGAAAUGCGAUCGCAACGAUGGGCUGCGUUGGGUAUGUAAGCAUCACAAAAGCAACCCAUUAUCAGUGCGUAAUGGGUCCAUAUUCACAAAGUCUCACACCCCUUUGGCAAAAUGGCUUGAGUUCAUGUUAAGGUUUUCACAAGGUUUGCAACUGAAACAACUAACCAUGAUCUCAGAGGGAAUAGCAGCAAGUUCCAAGACACUCACAAGAAUGACAACAAUUCUAAGAAAGGUGUGCAUGGCUGCUGUUGUUCGCCUGAGGAAGAGAGGAAUGAAAAUUGGUGGUCGUCAUCGCUUCGUUGUUAUUGAUGAGAGCAAAUUUGCUCACAAACGAAAGUACCAUCGUGGCAGAUGUGGCAAAACAUGGCAUCGCAAACGCCAGUGGGUCUUCGGGAUGCUGGAGGUUGAUGAAAAUUCUAGAAAACCCAUUCUGAAACUGGUCAAGGACCGCUCAAGGCAAACCCUUACACGCCAAAUACGACGACAUAUCAGACCUAGGACAUCUAUCCUAACAGAUGAAUGGCGUGCCUACAGGGGUCAGCUUUCCCAGUAUGGAUAUCACCAGUACUCUGUCUGCCAUAAAAAAAACUUUGUCGACCCAGUCACUGGUGCUCAUACUCAACACAUUGAGCGUGCAUGGCAGAAUUACAAGUUGGAAAUAUGGCGUCAUAGAGGCAAUCGAACUCCUGAGACACUACAGAGUCACCUCAAAAUGAUAGAGUGGCACCACUGGUUAGGUGUCUGUCAUUAUAAUGGUGUCUUGGGCAGAAUUUUCCAUGAUGUUAAACAAUAUCUCAAGUAAAUAUAGACUAUGACUUUUGAAACAACUUUGUUAAAGAAGUAAUUGUUUUUUCAGUUGUUUUAAUUAGUAUUUCAGAAAUAAAGUUUACUGAACAAGAAGUUGAUCCUUCUGUUUGAAGAAGAACAACUUUUUCUUUUUUGUACUGAAGUUUGUGCUGAAACAUUGCUAAAAAUUGAACUCUCUGUUGGAGGAAGAAAAAAUAAUAGUAUUGUUCAAAGCAAAUAAAAGAAAGUGUUUGUGUUUACUUGUGGAUUGGUUUUAUUACAGUAUUUAAAAGCAUUUAUCAGUGUAAUAAAUAGUUUUAAAGGUCUAGGAAGGUAUUGCACUAUGUUAUUAAACUUUUUGACAGCAUAAUAACGCUUAAUGACAUCUUUAUAACUAGUCCUAUAUGUUUCACUUUACUUGAGGUAAGGGAACAUUUUCUUGACUAUUUUAUUAAGGCAUUUGACAGGAUAUAAACACUUAAUGACAUCUUUAUAACUAGUCCUAUAUGUUUCACUUUACUUGAGGUAAGGGAACAUUUUCUUGACUAUUUUAUUAAGGCAUUUGACAGGAUAUAAACACUUAAUGACAUCUUUAUAACUAGUCCUAUAUGUUUCACUUUACUUGAGGUAAGGGAACAUUUUCUUGACUAUUUUAUUAAGGCAUUUGACAGGAUAUAAACACUUAAUGACAUCUUUAUAACUAGUCCUAUAUGUUUCACUUUACUUGAGGUAAGGGAACAUUUUCUUGACUAUUUUAUUAAGGCAUUUGACAGGAUAUAAAUGCUUAAUGACAUCUUUAUAACUAGUCCUAUAAGGAGACAUUUUUAUAAAACAAUUUAAAUGGUCUCAUGAUAGCCAAAGUUAAGAACAAACACAUAUGACAGUGUAAUUUAAUGUAAAAACAUGCAUAACAAUAACUUUUUAAAGGUUUAUAAUUAGAUCUGUCAUGACAUAUUUAUGAUGGGUUAUGAGUUUUGGGUUUAUGUAAAGUUGUCAUAACAAAGACAUUUUUGUCUCUGUUAAUGUCAAGUUGUCAUA